AUGAUGUGGUGGAAACUUGCAGUAUUUGCGGCAGCUGUAUUCUUAACUGAAACAGAAGCGUCAACAUGUACUUGCUAUGAAUCUGGUAACUACACUGGUCGUUCGGCUCCAAUUAGCAAUCCUUAUAACCCCGAUGGCUUCUCACCUUGCUACGCGGCACCAUGCUCAUAUGUUGCGUAUAGUGGAGAUGAAAAUCAUAUCUGGACUCGCCUCACAUUCCACUGGGGAACUACAACCAAUUCAGGCGGUUUGAUAAAAAUCUUUGAUGGUACUGAUAUAACUGGAACACCAAUCAUCCUGUUGAACGAAGGGGAGAAUGUGCUCAGUGGAUCCACCAAAAGUCAGAUCAAGAGUACAUCAUCCAGAAUUACUAUUACGUACUCACAAACAGGAACUGACAGUAAUGUAUUCUAUGGAGUCAUGAAGGCUAUACCACCCCAAUGA